AUGCGGAACAUGGAAGCUGAAAGAGUUCCCCUUCAAGAACUUGGUCAUCGGAAUGAAAAAAUCAAUGACGAAAUUUCCAUUGAUUUUUGCAACGAACGAUCAAGAAUUCGCAGAAAUAAAGCUGAAGAUUCCACCACUUUUAUUUUUAAUUAUGAGAAUGGGUCUGGUGAAACUCUCAACUGGAAGGAGCUUCGAAAACUGAAAUCUGGAAAGAAAUGGGGUGUAAUUCGUCAUCCAUACAUUCUGAAUUACGUGAAUCAAAAACUCAUUGACUGUGCAUUCUUUUAUAGUCUUCACAUUCUUGCUUUUCUGGUCUUUUUUCUCCUACUUGCGUGGCACGUUUUCUCUAGAAAUUUGUUCAAGGACUUUUUGAUCACCAUUUUUACUGGAAUCUUUUUUAUGUUUUUGGUAUUAAAAGGAACAAUUAAAGCAAGAAUAACAAAAAGUGUUUCGACUUGGUUUAUUGUUGCUUUUUGCUUUAAUAUCUUCACUUAUAUGGCAACAUUAGCAUAUGUCUGGUUACCAACUGUUUUUGGAUAUGAUGAUUAUCAUUUGGAAGUCAAGAAAAUCGUCACCUGGUUCCUUCCAAUCAUUGCAAUCAUCUCUGCUUGGGCAAACCUUCUCUAUAUAAUGAGAAAAUCUCCAUUUGGAAUUUAUAUAUUUAUGAUGACACGAAUUUUGAGGAGUUUUGCGCAUAUUGCUACUAUUUGGAUACCAACUCUCAUUGCAUUUUCGUUUGCAUUUCUACUAAUUAUGAGAGACACUGGUGUAAAACCUUGGCCAUUGAUUGAUCAACAAACUGAAAAUAUGACAAUGGUUCAAACAAUGCUGGUUAUUCUUCAAGCAGUCACUAAAACAUCAACAAUGAUGAUUGGAGAAGUUGAUGCAAAUGAUAUACUUGAUACAAAUCAAUGGAUUCCAAGUAUUCUUGUACUUGUUUUUGAAAUUAUUACAGUAAUCCUCCUGAUGAAUUUGAUGGUGUCACUUGCGGUUGGCGAUGUUACUUAUUUGAACAAUACAGCUCAAGAUAAAUUACUGAAGAUCAAAGUAAAUUUUGUAAUUGAAGCUCUUCAAAUCAGUGAACAAUUUCAAAAUGAAAUGUUCCGACUUCACACAAAAAAGACACCAAAUGUGUUAGUCAUUAACAGCGACGGAACUUAUAUUUCGGAAUUUGAUGUUUUCCCACAUUCUGCAAGUGUGGCCAUUUCAGAUGAGGCAUUCAAAAUCAGUUUCAUGGAAACCGGAAUGCGAUUACGUAUCAAGACAUCAAAAGGACGUGUAAAGACAGCUACAGUCAGCAAAUGUGACAUUGAAUGCAUUGAGUCUACUGAAUCUGGAAUUCCAGUAAUCGAUUCUACUCCUGAUUCGAGAAUUUAUGAGGAUACAAGUAGCUGCUGGAACGGAUAUGCCAAAUGGUUGAUUGGUCUCGAUUGGGCUGGAUAUUUGGACAUUUGAGUUCCCCAAAAUUCUUUAAAAACUGGUUUCUGUACUACCUUUACUGCUCCUUCUCUUUAUUUCCCGGAUUUUCUAUUUUAAAUUAUCGAUCUCACGUUGAUUUAGACGUUUUUGUUUUCUUUUGACUUUUUUAAAAUAUUGUAUUUUUAAUUUUAUAAUUUAAUUAUCGUGAACUCUGGUAAUGU